AUGGAGAGGCUUCAGGUGUGCUCUGCUAAGCAGAUGUUGACCAGGUGUUCCUGUGAGUGUCCAGCCAAGUGACCCUUAACCUUCAGUGGGGGGUGCUCACUCUCGGGCUUGCGUGUGAAUAGCGUGUGAAGCCGUGUCCCAUGGCAUGUGAGGCACACAAUGGACUCUUUCUCCUCACUAAUUGGAUAGUCACGGUUUGCUAAUGAAAGCACAAGAGCAGACCUGAGAGGCAAUUAAACCUUAACCCUUUGAGGCCAAGGCAGUGCCAACCCAGUGAAGACCCCAUCUGGAGAUGCCGAUGCUACGUCUGGGAGGCACACCUGCACGACUGACCUAACCAGACCGUCCUGUCUUCUGGGCGGCAGCUUCCCAGAGGAGGCUGAUGGGCUCCUCCGCUGGUGCCAGACGUGCCCGGCCUGUCAAGGGUUACUUGCCAGCAGGAUUCAGUCAGGUGACCUGCGACAUCUGAUCCCACCCUCCGGAGCGCUAUAAACGGCACCGGCACACAGGUCUGCAGCCAGAAAAGUGCGUCUGCUGUGGGAGGGAGCCGUCACCUGGAGCUUCUCGUCACGCUUUGCUGGAGUCCAGCUGCACUUCACCUGCUGCCACCAGAGGAUGGGAAAGUUUCAAGUCAGGGGGGUCCUGCUGACAUCACUGGUGGGUGCGGCCGUGUUGUCACAAGUCAUCGCUCUCAUCCUUAUCUUGGUCAACCUGAUGUGGGUCAGCCUGCCCGUGGGCUACAAGUAUGGCAUGGUCUUUGACGCCGGGUCCACUCACACCGCCCUCUUCCUGUACAAGUGGCAGGGGGACAAGCAGAACAGCACAGGACUGGUCACUCAGGUUAUGGUCUGCGAUGUGGACGGCCCAGGAAUCUCAAGCUACGCCAACAACCCUCCGGCCGCCGGUCAGUCCCUCAAGGUCUGCCUGGACACCGCAGCGGCCGCCGUCCCUCGAGAGAACCAGCGGGAGGCUCCCGUCUACCUGGGCGCCACUGCUGGCAUGCGGCUGCUUAACAUCACCAGCCCCAGCCAGUCUGACCAGGUGCUGGCCGAGGUGGCCAAGUUCAUCCAGCUCUACCCGUUUGACUUCCGUGGCGCCCGCAUCAUCUCUGGAGACGAGGAGGGGGCCUACGGUUGGGUGACCAUCAACUACCUGCUGCAGUCCUUCAUCAAGUGCACAUUUGAAGGCAAGUGGAAGCUGCCAACUAGUGCCAAGACCCUGGGGGCGAUGGAUCUCGGAGGAGCGUCCACCCAGCUGACCUUCACGCCGGCCGUGCCCAUCAAAGACAAGAACUACGAGUCCAACUUCACCCUCUAUGGGAACAAAUACAACGUCUACACGCACAGCUACCUGUGUUACGGCAAGGAGCAGGCCAUGAAGAAGGUGCAGGCCAACCUGAUCCAGCAGCAGUCCUCAAGUCUGUCAAAUCCCAUUGACCACCCCUGCUACCCCACCGGCUACCAGCUGAACACCACGCUUGGCGCCAUCUUCAACUCUCCUUGUGUCUCGUACUCGGGCAGCGCCAACCUCAACACGCUGGUCAACUUCACUGGGACAGGCAAUGCCAGCAAGUGCCAGGAAAUCAUCAGGGGCAUCUUCAACUUCACGGCCUGCGGCUCGAAAACAGACUGCACCUUUGACGGGGUCUACCAGCCCCCCAUCAGCGGCAGCUUCUUUGCGUUUUCUGCCUUUUUCUACACGUUUGACAUUUUAAAGUUGACCCCUAAAGCAUCGCUCAGCGUCACUUUGGACACCAUCAGCAAGUUCUGCCAGAAGCCCUGGACUCAGCUCAAGGCCGAGUACCCCACUGAGAAGGAGGACCGCCUGCGUGACUACUGCGCCUCGGGUUACUACAUCACCACCCUCCUGGUGGACGGCUACAAGUUCAACAGCACAUCCUGGGACAACAUUCAGUUCCAGAAAAAGGCAGAUGACAUGGACAUCGGCUGGACGCUGGGCUACAUGCUCAACUUGACCAACCUCAUCCCUUCCACGUCCCCCGGCCUUGUCAGAGGUCAGGGUCCAGGAGAGUGGACGGCCUCCAUCUUCUUCACCGUCUUUUCCAUAUUCCUCUGCUUGCUGGCUUUUAGUGUCCAGUGUUUUUGGAAAGCUGACCACUGAAGCCCGGACAGACUGGAUGUGUGUGACGAGUGACCCCUGCAGUCUGUCUCUGUUACCCGUGGGUCCAGACGCUGUUGGAGUGGACGACUGGCGAGCUGUAGAGCAGAUCUGAACUUAUAGGGGGCUUCCAAAUGUUUGGGCUUAAUGAAGGAUCACCACACACACACACACACACACAUGUGCAUCACCCCCUGACCUCUGACCCUUUACUACUCAAAUUCCCUGCACCCUCAUAGAGGUCUCCUCCCACCAUUGACCCUUGAACUUAACUGUUGACUUGUGACCCUGAACCUUAACAUCUCCACAUGUGACCUCUCCAUCCCACCACUGACCUUUGACUGUACUCUCCACUUUUGACCCCUGACCCUUUCUUUCAGAUUUCCUGGCUUUGAUGCCCCCAAUGCCUGAACCCCACUCUUUUGUUCAGGGCCUUUCCUUAAACCCCUCGGUUCCCUUCUUACGGUACCACUGACCCUCCGUGGUGCCCACUAGAUUAGCGUCCCCCAUAUAUCCUGGUAUCACAAGGCAUUCCUGCUUGACCCCUGAACCCCCCCCCCCCCAAUCCCAUGCCUGACCUGAUUUCCUCUCCUUCCCAGCUUUUUGAUGAGGACCCUGUGCUGAUGUCACCUGAUCAAGAUGCUGCCCUGUGAUUGGUCAAGCCGGGAGUUUGCUUGUUUGGUUAUUUGUUUGUUUUUUUUUGUACCUUUUAUGGACGCCAUGUUGAAUGAAUAAAUGUUUG